AUGCGUGCCGGCGCAGGCGGCGCGCCGCCGCAGGGGGAUGGGGGUCUCCGCGCCCUCCUCUCGCCGUGCCUCUCCGACGCAUUUUGCAGCUUGGACGUCGCCGCGGUGGAGCGGGUGCUGGUCGGUGCCGUGGCCGACCUGCGACGCGGAGAGGCGCGGCAGUGGGGCGACGGCGCGCUGGAGAGCGCCUGCAGGUCGCUGCUGUGUGCGUACGUUGUCGGCCUUCGCCUGGCUGUAGGGGCCUUUGCCCCGGAGGAGGAGGACGCCCCGCGGUCUGCGUGGCGCGCGUUGCUGAAAAUUACGGCGUGCACGGGCCGUGCCGUUGCGGAGAUGUGCGCCGUGCCGGGCGCCGCCGCCGCAACGGCGGGCGCGGUCGUGCAGGUGCUCUCGGCUCUUCUGCGGCCGCCGUCGCCGGCGCGGGAGACGCGGCUCUUCUGGCGCUGCUACCCGUGGUGGUGCUGCCUUCUCCGGCACUGCCUUGCGCUGGCGGUCGGCGAGGGGGCAGGAGGCGCAGGGAUGGAAGCCGCCGCCUGUGGCGUGGCGGCCCGCGCCUUGAGUUGGGUCUCGCGCCGCUACGCCGCGGAGGCGGCGGGGCGCGGCGUCGUCUUCGACGUGUCGGUGUUCCUCUCCGCCCUCGGCACCGGCGGCGGGGAUGCGGCGGCGACGGCGCGGCCGGUCCACGCCUUCACCCGCGCUGAGAGGCGACGGGGGGCCACCGACGAGGAGGACGAGGAGGAGGAGGCCAACCCCUGCGAUUUACUCGCGGCGGAGCUCGGCAGCCUUUUUGCUCUGCAGGAGCUUCACACUCUGCUGCCGCUGCGCCCGCCCCCCGACGCCGCUGCGGUGAGGCGGGGCGGCAACGAGGCCGCGCUGCCGCCGACGCAAAACGAGCCACACUGCGAUGCGUGUGGCCUUGUGGAGCUGCAGUUCUCGCCGCGAGGCACCGCGGCGGCGAGGCGCACGCCCGUCGCCCAUGCCCUCCUCCUUCUUCUCUGCGCUGUGCCUUCGCGGCCUCCGCUGCCGUCGCCGUUGUCUGCCCCGCUGCGACGGUGCCUGGCCGAGCAGUCGGCCGCGGCAGCGCUGGCGGCGCUGCUCCGCCGCGACGCCGACGUGGCGGACGCGCUCCUCUCCGCGCUGGCGCGCCUCGGCGAGGGCGCGGGGUUUAUCUACUUUUUGGCGCUCUGGCGGGCCGCGUUUGCCGCGGCCGCGACGGAAGUGUCCGAGACGAUGGCGUGGCUCCUCGCGGGUCUGGCGCGCGGCGUCGAAACGCACCUGCAGCAGGGCGGCGACGGUGGCGGGGCAGGCGGCUUUCUGGCCGCCGUCGACGCCGUCUUUGCGGGCGUCGUGCGCGUCGUGGCGGGUCUUCUUCGCGCCUCUGCGACUGCCGACGAGGGGAACGCCGCCUGCCGCCUGCGAGAUUUGUGCGCGCGCGGCUUCGUCGAGGCGUGGGAUGCGCUGCUGCGCGCCGCCGCCCCCCUGCACUGCGGGCGGACGCUCGGGGGCCUCUUCUGCGAUGCGGUGGGGGGCGGCCACGCCUCCGCAGUGCAGUUGCGGGGGCCUCUCGAGGCUUACUACGCCGCGGUGCUGGAGCGGCGGUGGGCGGUGGGCGGCGAGUGCAUGGGGGCCGCACCCGCGGCGUCCGCGUGGUGGCCAGAGGCGGAGGGGCGGGCCGAUGCUCAGGGGCACGCGCUGCGGGUGCUGCGGCACACACUGGCGCUGAGCGAGUGCGCCUUCCACGCCGAUCGCGUCUGCCCGCCGCCUCGCGGUGAGGCGCGGCGCUGCAGGCACCCGGCUGCCUUUUUCCUGCGGGGCACGACGGGACUCUGCGCGCGUCUCCUUUCGACGCCGCCGCCGGCGGAGGCGGCCGCGCAGGCGCAACUCGGGGAGCUGCAGUGCGUGGCCUCGGAGAUCCUCACCGUCGCCGCGAGGACGCUCUGCACGAGUCCCGGGCGGGAGCUUUUUGCCUCGCCGUUUGGAAACUCCCCCGGCCGCCACGCGACGACGUACGCGCGGCUGCUGUACGUGUGUUUUCUGGAGAGGCUGCGCCAGACACCGCGCCCGGAACAGCGCUGCCUCCGGGCCCUGCUGCGGGCCCUGCGCUCUCUCGUUAUCUGGGAACGCGCGGCCCACAGCCUCGCCCUGCGGCUGUCGAUGCCCAGCAUGCUGAGCUGCAUGCUCCCGGCGGGGGCGGAUGGGUGGCCGUUGACAGCACCCGCGAAGGCACCAGUGCGAGGGCGGCUUCUGACGUCGGCGGCAACUCCCUCCGACGCUUCCCCGCAGGCCGCAUCAGGCAACAACCGCGGCAGGAAGGAGGAGGGAGCCGCCGCGAGGCCAAUUAUACCCACCCUCUCCCUUGCCGCCCUGCCGCUGCCGCAGUACUACGCAUGGAUGGGGGAGGCGGACGCUGCGGUGGACGCUGGGUCGUCCAGUGCACAGGCGCCACCGGUGCCGCCACUGAAACUCGCCCCUCACUCGCAGCAGCCGCACAGCGGCGACGGCGUGCCUGCGGUCACGCAAGGUCCGCGGGAGGAAGCGAUGUGGUCCGCACUGGACGACCCAGCAACGCUGGCUGAGGUGCUGCUCCUGCUCUGCUGCCUGCUGUCUGGGCGCACGGGGGGGAUGAUGAUCAGUCAGCCAGGUCUUGUGGCAGCCCACUGGCAGACGGGAACGCAACCGCGGCAGCCGCAGGGGGAGCGCGUUCGCGGCAACGUGCCAUUGACGCGUGUCCUGCGGAAAAUAGAGGCGUUCGUGCGCUGUCCUGCGAACAAGGCGCCGCUUCACGCGUUUGACAAACUUGUGGCGGAGGAGGCGCAGGAAGAGAGCCCCUUGUGGACCGGGGUGGAGGUGCUGCGGCGGCUGCUCUUACCGCAGCUGCGGUUGCUUGAGGGGAUAAACGUCGCUCGGCGCAUUGGCGCCGGCAGCUACGGCGCCGUCUACGCCGCGGAGCGCUCCGCCGCCACAGCCUCUUCGGGCCCGCAGGCGACGCAGCCGGCGGACGGCGCAGAGUUGCUCGCGCUGAAGAUGGUUUCCAUCGCCCGGCCGGACAUGGGGGGCGAGUGCCUCCCCCUGCUCAGCUGCCACAGCGAGGCGACCGCGCUCCUUCGCCUGCGGGGGCACCCCCACAUCUGUGAGCUGCGCUUCUUUGGGUGCACCGAAGCGCACUACGUGCUUGCGAUGCCGCUCUACAAGGGCGGCUCCCUCCGCGACUGGCGCGUGCGGCGGAGCGGCCUCCCUGUCGGCGAGCCCGCUGCGGAGGCGGCCUCGGAUUCCCCGCCUCCUGCGCCUGCAGCUGACCUCCUCGCGGUGUGCGGGCCCGUCUUUGCGCAGGUGCUCGCCGCGGUGGAGUUCAUGCACGCCCGCGGCAUCCGCCACAAUGACCUCAAAGCCGACAACAUUCUCAUUGAGGGGUUCCAGGGCGAGUCCCCGUCGCAUGCUGCACUACCGCAGGCGGCGGCGGAGGCGGAGGCGGGGCGAUGCGUGCUUAUUCCCGCCACCAUUCGAAUUUGCGACUUCGGCGUCUGCGAAUUGGCGGGGGAAGACAUGCUUGCCGUGCGGCGCGGCAGCGAGGCGACCGACGCCGCUGCGGCGUCCUGCUGGGGCCCCGUGCGGGGGACGGAGGCGGUGCAGGCGCCCGAGACGUUCUCACUGGCGGGUAUUGCCCCAGCGCGUCCUGGGUCGUGCCGUGCGGCGGUGGAACUUGCGGCGGACAUGUGGGGCUGCGGGUGCCUGCUCUACGAGCUGGUCACGGGCGUCAUGCUCUUUGGAGGGGGCAACCUUGGCCGGCUGCUUUUCCUCGCCGCCAACCUGCGCCGGGGCGGGCGCGGAAGUUGCGAGGUACUGUCGCCGCAACAAAAGCGUGCGUUCGAGAUGGCAGGGCCCGGCGUCGCGGCGUUUGCGGCGCAGCUGCUCUCCGUCGACCCCGCGGAGAGGCCCACUGCCGCCGCGGCCCGGCAGGCGUGGGAGCGCGUCCUCCUGCAGGCGCAGGCGGGGCGUGGCGUCGGCCGCGACGGACAGAAGUGA